AUGUCCACAUCCGAUGAGAUGAAGCUUGUUGUCACCAACCCCUUGACAUAUGAGCACUCGUCACGUCCACAUAGGUCACAUGUCUGGUUAGUUGUGCCAUCCACUUCCGACUUCCUUUUUCUUUCCUUACUUACAUUCGUCCUUCAGACACCUGAACCACAUAACAACGUGUCUCAUCAACGUGUCUCAUCAACGUGUCUAGCACCUGCCAUGUUCGACAUCCAUCCCAUGACAUUUAUCUCUUUUUCUUUUGUUCCUUCUACAUACUUACAUCCAUCCUUCAGACAACUGAACCCCAUAACAAACAACGUGUCUCAUCAACGUGCCUAG